CUCUCUCUCUCUCUCUUUGUUUCUCUCGCUCGCUCACAAAGCAUAAGCAGGGACGGACGGACGGACGGACGGAAAGGAGAGACGACGGCGAUGGAGGUAGCGGAGGGUGGUGACGGAACGGAACUGGAUCGGAGGGUCAUGGCGGCCGUGAAGGCAGCGGAGGAUCGGGGUGAUCCGCCGCUGUUACGCGCCGUGGAGGCGGCGCGGUGCGUGCAAGAACGCGGCCUGGGUCUCCCCAACGUCGAGCUGGCCCACGUCUUGGUCUCCAAUCUCUGCUUCGCCAACAACACACCGGAACUGUGGAAGUUGCUCGAUCAGGCCAUGGCGUCCCGCUUGGUCUCCCCCAUCCACGCCCUGGCCCUCCUCACACCUAGGGUGAUUCUUCAUCGACAGGUGCAACCGGAGGCCUACCGGCUUUAUCUUGAACUCAUGAACCGUUAUGCCCUCUCUUCUCUUUCGGUUGAGGCCGGAUUUUGCCGAGACAAGAUUAUAAAAUCUGUUGAUGAUGCUCUACGACUUUCUGAUACAUAUGGGGUUCAAGAGAUGGAUGUUGGACAUGCAAUUGUUUUGUUCAUCAUGACUAUUAUCACAAAUUUGAUUGAUUGUACAAUUGAAGAUUGUGGACUUCUUGGUAGUGCAUAUGCUAAUGGAGGAAAUCAACUAAUGGAGAUAGACAUGACAACAAAUUUAAAUGAGAAAAGGAAUGAGCAUCGUGAAUAUCUGCGUCAAAGUAAUGCAUUAAUGGCUAUUGAAGUGGUUGAAAAAAUUUCUUCAAAUAGAAGAGCAAAAGUCUUCCUUCGCCUCAUCCACAUCAACAUGCCUGAGAAGUUCAAUGGUCUACUUCAGAGACUACAAACUGUUGAAUCCAACAAAUCAAAGUCAGACAAGUUGUCAUCCAUAAAUAAUGUGUUGGAUAAGUUGUUCAUGAAUAUAAAGAGGGCGAUGAGUAGGGAGCUCCUAAAUAAGCAUCAGCUUCUCGGAGCUCUGGCUGAUCCUGGGCCAUGUAGCUUGAAUUCUUGCAACAGUUUUGGAGCUGGAAGGGAUGCCUGUUGGAUUCCUGUUGAUGUAUUCAUGGAGACUACAAUGGAUGGGAAGCAUCUAUAUGCUAUAUCUUGUAUUGAGGUUCUUACAGAAUUGACCAAAACACUCCAAGUAAUUAAUCAGGCAAGCUGGCAAGAGACAUUUCAAGCUCUUUGGGUUUCAGCUCUUCGACUUGUGCAACGAGAUCGAGAACCCCAGGAAGGGCCAGUCCCACACCUAGAUGCACGACUUUGCAUGCUACUUUCACUUGUCCCUUUGGCUAUCCUUUCGGUUGUCAAGGAUGAUAAUGAUACACCUAUUCCUGUCAGCAAUAGUCCUAUGAGAAGUAGCCCACAUGGACGUGAAGGAAAUAACUUUACUUCUAGACGACAUGGAUUGAUAUCGUCCCUUAAGACUCUGGGACAAUUUUCAGCACUUCUCUCACCUCCUCCAUCAGUUGUCAAUGCAGCUAAUAAUGCUGCCACAAAAGCAGCAAUCUUUGUUUCUAAUUUCAAGGCUGGGAAUAACAACCUAAAUGUUGGGCGUAAUGAUACUUCUAUAAGAGCAGUUGGGAACAUGUUACAUCUAAUAGUUGAUGCCUGUAUUUCAAGGAAUCUGAUUGAUACGUCCGCAUACUUCUGGCCUGGUUAUGUUGUUCCUUCUGCAUUAUCAAAAGAUUCAACUUCAUUUCAAGACUCUCCUUGGUCAACCUUCCUUGAAGGGGCUCCACUCACUGGUUCAUUGAAAAGCUCGCUCAUGAUGACUCCUGCAUCAAGUUUUGUGGAAGUGGAGAAAAUGUACAACGUUGCACUAAUUGGAUCAGAAGAAGAAAAACUAGCAGCUGCUAAGAUUCUAUGUGGUGCAUCUCUUCUCCGUGGCUGGAAUGUCCAGGAACACGUUGUGCGAAUUGUAGUCAAAAUGCUAUCUCCUCCUAUGCCUUCUGAUUCUUCAGCUCCAGGAGCAGGGAAUUAUUUAAUUGGUCACAUGCCUGUUCUCAGUGCUAUUUUAUUUGCAAUUUCUGGAGUGGAUACUGUUCACAUUCUUUCUUUGUAUGGCAUGGUUCCAGAAGUUGCAGCAACUUUAAUGCCACUUUGUGAGUUCUUUGGGUCACUCUCACCCCUUUCCAGUCAUAGAUCAAGCACUUCUGAGGAAUCUUCUGUUUACACAGUUUUCUCCUGUGCAUUCCUCUUUCUUCUUCGGUUGUGGAAGUUCUACAAGCCACCUCAGGAACACUGUAUAGCAGGUCGUGGAGGUCCUGUUAGGCUGGAAUUAACACUAGACUAUCUCUUACUGAUGCACAAUAGCCGUUUGGGUGUGCAGAACUCUCCUGAUGCAGAUAGACUAUCUCUUUCUAAUGCACCGCCAAGUCAACCAGUUUACAUUGACUCAUUUCCAAGACUAAGGGCUUGGUACUUCCAGAAUCAAGCUUGUAUAGCCUCAACCCUUUCUGGUCUUUCUAGUAAAAAUCCUGUCCACCAACUUGCUAAUAAGAUUCUGAGCAUGAUUUGCCGAAAAAUGUCAAAAUGUGGACCUGUUUCUGGUAAUCCUUCAUCAAACUCAAGCAGCAGCAUAAGUGGAUCACCUGUUAAUUCAACUGAAGAUUCUUUUCAAAGACCAAUGCUCCCUGCAUGGGAGAUACUAGAAGCACUUCCCUUUGUUCUUGAAGCUGUUUUGACUGCAUGUGCCCAUGGGAGGCUCUCAUCCCGUGAAUUGACUACAGGUUUGAGAGAUCUUAUGGAUUUCCUGCCUGCUUCUAUUGCUGCUAUAAUUAGUUAUUUUUCUGCUGAGAUUACUCGGGGAAUAUGGAAACCUGUUUCAUUGAAUGGAACAGACUGGCCCAGCCCUUCUCCAACUCUUCUCUCGAUGGAGUCUGAAAUAAAAGAAAUCCUUGCCUCUGUUGGGGUUCAUAUCAACAGUUGUUAUCCACGUGGGAUGCCACCAAUGCUUCCAUUACCAAUGGCUGCUCUAGUAAGCUUAACAAUAACCUUAAAACUCGACAAGAGUGUGGACUACAUUCAUGGAGUUGUUGGUCAGGCCCUUGAGAACUGUGCAACAGGUUGCACCUGGCCAAGCAUGUCCAUCAUAGGAGCCUUGUGGGCCCAAAAAGUGCGAAGGUGGCAUGACUUUAUUGUCCUCUCAUGCUCACGUUCUCCCUUCUCAAGGGAAAAAGAGGCUGUUGCACAGCUGAUCAGAAGCUGCUUCACAUCAUUUCUGGGUCCAUCAGUUUCUGGAGAUUCUCACAUUAUAGCCAAUCGAGGAGUUAAUGGACUCUUAGGACAGUUCAUGUCUGAUGAAGGUGCUAGGCUACCGGUUCCUCCUGGUUUUCUAUACCUUCGGACAUUUCGGAACUUUCAUGAUACCCAUUUUGUUAAUGAGGUGAUUUUCAAGCUGGUUAUUGAGUGGGCACACAAACUAGCAAACGAAUGGGCCUCUGGCGGGCCUGCUUGUCUGAAAUCAGGUCGCACAUCACUGGCUGCUGCUGCCUCAGGAGUACAAGAAGUGGCAACUCUAGGGGCUAGCCUGUUGUGCAUUGCAGGUGGGGUGCAGAUGGUUCAGAUAUUGUACGAAGAGACAUUGCCAACCCUGCUUCUAUCAACUAGUGAGGAAAAAUUAGGUGGUGCCGGACCAGUAUCUAACAUUCUACAAGGGUAUGCUAUGGCCUAUAUGCUAAUCUUAUGUGGAUCCUUUGUUUGGGGAAAUGGGAACACGUCCCCAGCAUACACAUCAGUGUUCUCUUCAAGGCGAACCAGGGUGAUCGGUAUCCACAUGGACUUUAUCGCUGGAGCAGUGGGAGGCAACAUAAUUCUUGGCUGUGAUCCAGCUACAUGGAAAGCGUACGUAUCUUGCUUUGUCGGCUUGCUGGUGAAGUUUGCACCGGCAUGGGUGGGAGGAGUGAAGCAGGAGACCCUGCAGAAGUUAGCCAGUGGCUUGAGGGGGUGGCAUGAGUGUGACUUGGCUAUAUCACUGCUAGAGAGAGGUGGCCCUUCAUCCAUGGCGGCGGUGGUGGAAUGGAUGACGUAAAGUUCCAGUAGUUUUUGUAUAUUUUGUUGACAGAUUGCUGGUGGUUGAAAACAUCAUGUUUGGAGAUCGUCUGCCAAUCACUAGUAAGGCAUUUGGAAUUGGGUUCCUGUAGCUGGCAAAAGCGGCCACGGUGCCAGUGAUCUGUGACAAUGUUUUAACUUUUCUGAUGGUGGUGUUGGGCUCGCAAGGAUAUGAAGGUCUCAUAUUCUUAAAGGUGUACAUGGUUAUAGAAAUUCUGGAUAUAUACAUGAAUACAACAAUAAUCAAGUUUUAUUUUACUAAGUGAUAUGGAUUAUUAUGUGUCA